AUGAACCAUUUAUUUUUACGCUUGACUUCAGAUGGCUCAGGUAGCUCUAUAAGGUCAAUUGUCUUGUCAAAUCCUUCUGGCAUUCCGAGUCCUUCCUUCCGACAGGAAGAACUCUUCCUUCCGACAGGAAAAAAUUUUCCUUCCAACAGGAAAAAAUUUUCCUUCCAACAGGAAAAAAUUUUCCUUCCAACAGGAAAAAUUUUUCCAGUUGUCCGUCGUAAACCAUUCAAAUUUUCGAAAAUUGAGAACUUUUUGGUCGAACUUCAGAAAAAGUUUUUCCUUCCAACAGGAAAAGUUUUUCCUUCCAACAGGAAAAGUUUUUCCUUCCAACAGGAAAAGUUCUUCCUUCCAACAGGAAAAGUUCUUCCUUCCGACAGGACACAAACGAAUGUCCGACGUUCCUCUUCCUGA